AUGGGUGAAACGGGUAAGCGUUAUCGUUCUCAGAGAGACCAUGAUGGGGGCAACAAGAACCAAAGGAGGCGUUUUAAUGACAGAGAGGAAAAGGGCAGUGAUGAAAUGGUUGUUUAUAGGAUUCUAUGCCCUGAUGGGGUUAUUGGAAGUGUUAUUGGUAAGAGUGGGAAAGUGAUAAAUACAAUAAGGCAAGAUACUAGAGCGAAAAUCAAGGUUGUGGAUCCGUUUCCAGGUGCUAAAGAUAGGGUUAUAAAUAUAUACAGCUAUGUUAAGGAUAAGGAAGAAGUCGAAGUUGAUGAUGAGUUCAGUGAUAGGGAACCUCUGUGUGCUGCCCAGGAUGCUCUUCUUAGAGUUCAUACUGCCAUUUCAAAUGCAUUGGCUUCUGUUGGAGAUUCUGACAAGAAACGGAGAGAUAGUAGGGAAGACUGUCAAAUUCUUGUUCCUUCUAGCCAGUCUGCAAAUAUAAUAGGUAAGGCUGGUUCGACUAUAAAGAAACUGAGAAGCAAGACGAGGACCAACAUUAAGAUUGUUGCAAAAGAUGCCACUGACCCAACACAUUCAUGCGCUAUGGACUUUGACAAUUUUCUUAUGAUAAAUGGAGAAUCCGAAGCAGUGAAAAGAGCAUUGUUUGCAGUCUCUGCAAUUAUGUACAAGUUUGCUCCGAGGGAAGAGAUUCCUCUUGAGACAUCAGUACCAGAAGCCCCUCCAAGCAUAAUUAUCCCAUCAGAUGUCUCUAUUUAUCAACCAGGUGGACUAUAUCAAAGUGCAGAUCCUAUCGUCCCUCCUAGGUCUGUACCUCCAAUUAUAGGUGCUACACAUGUACAAGAUCUUCAGGGUUACGCAGAUACAGGGAAUACAUGGCCCAUAUAUUCAUCUGCCUUUCCCUUAGUUUCUGGUUUCAGUGUUGCCUCCCGAUCUGAGGAGUUAGUUGUGCGAGUACUGUGUCCUUUUGACAAAAUUGGUCGUGUAAUUGGCAAGGGUGGGGGCACAAUUAAAAUCAUUAGGCAGGCAAGUGGCGCUCGUGUGGAGGUUGAUGAUACCAAGGACCGUGAUGAGUGUAUAAUUACUGUUGCCGCAACAGAGUCGCCCGAUGAUCUGAAAUCCAUGGCAGUUGAAGCUGUUCUGUUGCUGCAAGGGAAGAUAAAUGACGAAGAUGAUGACUCUGUUUCUAUUCGACUUCUUGUUCCUUCUAAAGUUAUUGGUUGUAUUAUUGGAAAAAGUGGUUCAAUUAUAAAUGAAAUCCGAAAGAGAACAAAAGCUGACGUCCGUAUUUCAAAAGCUGAUAAGCCUAAAUGUGCUGAUGCUAAUGACGAACUUGUUGAGGUGGCAGGAGAACCUAGUAGUUUGAGGGAUGCACUUAUUCAGAUUGUUCUGAGGCUCCGGGACGAUGUCUUAAAGGACAGAGAUGGUGGUCACAACCCCUCUGGUGGUGCUGAAUCCCUGUACUCCGGUGGCACUGGUCUCUCAAUCCCAUCUGUCCUGCCUUCUGUCCCCCCAGUUACUUCAUUGGGUUAUGAUCAGAGGGCUGAAAGUGGAAGUGGCUUGGGCAUGCAUUCUUCUGGUAGCCUCUAUGGAUAUGGAUCUAUGUCGAUGGGAGAAAAUGGCUAUGGAUCCAUGUCGUCUUAUUCAUCCAAGUUAUAUGGAGGGUUGCCACCCCCUUCAACACUUGAGAUGUUAGUUCCUGCUAAUGCAGUUGGUAAGGUGCUGGGCAAAGGAGGGGCAAAUAUAGCCAAUAUUCGGAAGAUAUCAGGAGCAAUGAUAGAGAUCUCUGACUCCAAAUCUUCCCGAGGUGAUCGUAUUGCUCAUAUAUCUGGCACACCUGAACAGAAGCGUACAGCAGAGAACUUGAUUCAGGCGUUUAUAAUGGCCCCCUAA